CUUCAAAUCAAUCUCUCCAACUCUCGCUGUCUCGAAGAUUAUGUCUUGGAAACGUUCCUCUUUAGCUGAUACCGGCUUCUUCUACGAUGAAGACCUCCGAAAUGAAGUCAUGGACCCAUUCCCGCCCCAUGUUAAAAACCUAGAACAGGCAAUGCUUGACUUUACGUGUCAGGAGCUAGACCUGCCUACUAAGAAAGACCUCAACAUCCAGCGCGAAGCUGAAAGACUUGCCAAUGGGGGGUUUUCAGAAGAUCGAUGGGUAGAUUUCUUUCGAGCAUUUUUCUUCAGCCCACUUCUGCAACAGGCCUCAGUCUCGGGGGAGAAAUCUCGAAUAUCUUCACGAUGCCAGUAUUACUAUGAUUCCAUAGUGUUCGAUACUGACGCUAUGUGGGGAACAUUUGACAAGAACGAUGAAAGAAACGGACCUGUAAAGACUCCCAAGCCCGAUCUCGUCUUUUACCUUCCGAUGUAUCAUCUGGACACUCAUAUACCUACGAUAACUGAUCACGAAGCACAACAAUGGCACAAAGAAUCAACACCAUCCCUUGUGGAGACAUUCUCAUGGUCCACUAUGAAGAAACUACAUGGACACGGCUUGCUAGCCACUCCCUUCAACGUUCUCAAUAAGAAGGAAGCCCAAGAACAAGACCUGAGUUGUUUUCCUUGGCUUAUCGUCGAAUACAAGAAAGCGAAGAGUGCCCCUGGUGAGCUUGAACGACUGAAGGAAGUUGUUUACUGCCAAGCAGCCAAUGCCAGUGGAUGUGCUGUCAGGCUGAACCAGAAUGCAGCCAGGUAUGCUGUUGAGCUGGUCGGUGACGCACAGGUCCCUCCUGUUGCAAGCGUUACCACAGUUGGGCCCCAAGUCAAGGUCUGGAUAACGUUUUUGGCCAAAGGUUUCAUGGCAUAUCGCUACAAGGAUAAGAAUAAUCAGCAAUUCCAGAGAUAUAAAGAAGGUUACAUGAUGCAAUGUAUCUGGACAGGUGACAUGACAGAACCUCAAGAUAUCCUCAAAUUCCGACUUAUACUCGAAAACACAUAUACUUGGGCAAAGCGGGUCUUCAAGCCAUUGAUAGCCACAUAUAUUGAUCAAUGGAUGUUUGCUUGCUCUAUUGAUAUCCCUAGCGCUGCAAAUACAGAAAUAACACGUCGACAAGAGAGACUGGAGCUCUCGAGGUGUGCACUUCGAUUCACUCUAGCUUCUCUAAAAGCUCAGCCAAGCCUCGAACCUAACUAUGGAUCGUAUCUGACUGUUACAAACAGCCUGGUUGACCUCUGUGAUCGAUUCGUCCAAGAUGUGGACCGAGUGAUUGAAGAGGAGCUCGAGCUAUUAAGCCGAGACAAACAAAGGGCAUCAUCCUCCAACACCUCGCGCAGACGGGCACGUACACCCAGCGAACAAUCUCGGAAAUCAACGCAGGCCACGGAAAUCAACAGCGACGGGCCAAAACAUAAUGGCUAUGUGGACUCGCAGCCCAGGCGGCCUGGGAGUCCUGAUUCUGCGGAUUUGACUCCGCUGAGUGCUCCACGACGAAGCCCGCGGUUGGAACCACGAAACAAACCACAGCCAUCUCGUGAAAGCAGUUCCAGAGUAGAUACAGUCUCUUCAUGUCUCAGAGUAACUAUGGCAGCUGGGGCACCCAAGAGACGACAAAGCCAGAGUAAAUAUCUCGCACCACCAAUUGAGAUUGAACUUGUAUCAAGUUCUUCAUCUGGAGAAUCAGAGUUUUCUGGCAUAGUGGCUGACGAGGAUAUUUCACUUGGGACCUUGUCAGAAGGUGAUGUUUAGAGAGUCAGUACGGGGUAACUGCUAGGCGAGAUAUAUUAUGAGUGUAUUUCUUUGGACGGAAUGAUCUUCAUUGCUUGAUACCUAGUCGCAGAAGGAGAUUUUAUUAUACUGUAAUAUUAGCUGAGGUUCCAGUUAUAUAUAUAUA